AUGCUUAUUACUAUUCCCAAUUUAAUUAUCCCCCUCUUAUUAUUUUUAUUUUUUAAAUUAAUUAAUUGUACAAAUACACCCAACUUUAAUAACCCUUUUCUACAACGCCCCAACAUUAUGGUUUUUAUGGUGGAUGAUCUGGGGUUUGGGGAUUUACAAACCUUUGGAAAUUUGGAACAAGAAUUUAACCCUGUUGAUCAAAUGAUACGUGAGGGGAUUAGAUUUACUAAUGCUUAUUCGGCUGAUUCGAUGUGCUCUCCUGCACGUGCUGGAUUUAUAACUGGUACUUUAUAUUUUAUAGGUCGGAGGGACUGGAUAGGGAUGGAGAGACUGGAUUUUGAAAAUUAUGGAAAUUUUUAUUAUAUACGUGUUAUACUGUGGAAAAAUUCAUUGGAUGGGUGA